AUGGCUAAAAAGAAUGUGGUAACGGAGGAUUUGGUGGAUUAUGAAGAGGAGGAAGGUGAAUCUAAAGUAUCAACGAAGGACGUGAUAAAGUCCGCAGCAGGCAAGAAAUCAAAGAGUGAUGGAACAAUGGGACGUGGAAGUUAUGUGGCUAUCCAUGCGAGCGGGUUCCGUGACUUUUUCCUGAAGCCCGAGAUCCUGAGGGCCAUUUCAGAUGCAGGCUUCGAGCAUCCGUCCGAAGUCCAACAUGAGACCAUUCCACACGCAAUUACAGGAGUCGACAUACUUUGCCAGGCGAAAAGUGGUAUGGGCAAAACCGCAGUGUUUGUGCUGAGCAUCUUGCAGCAGUUGGACGUUGAGGCCGAGGAAGGGAAGAGAGACGCUGAUGAUAAUGUGAAACCAGUGAGUAGAGUUAGCUGUGUUGGUAUUAGCCAUACAAGAGAGUUGGCAUUUCAAAUUAAAAACGAGUUCGACCGUUUCAGCAAGUAUUUACCACAAGUGCGCUGUGAAGUAGUUUAUGGUGGAGUACCGAUUCAGAAGGAUGUUGCCAUGCUUAAGGAUCCAGCUAAGACCCCUCAUAUUCUAGUUGGAACGCCUGGUAGACUACUCGCACUUGUUAAGGCCAAGCACCUUAAUAUGGAUUCUGUAAAGCAUUUCGUACUUGAUGAGUGCGAUAAGUGUCUUGAAAAACUUGAUAUGCGCCAAGACGUCCAAAGCAUCUUCCUUUCCACCCCUAAGAAGAAACAAGUGAUGUUCUUUAGUGCGACCAUGAAUAAUGAUAUUAGGGAGCUCUGUAAAAGGUUCAUGCAGUCGCCUGUUGAAGUUUUCGUCGACGAUGAGUCGAAACUGACUCUUCACGGUCUUUUACAAUAUUAUGUUAAGUUGGCUGAAAGUGACAAGAAUAGGAAGCUGAAUGAUUUGCUUGAUACUCUCGAGUUCAACCAAGUCAUUAUCUUUGUUAAAUCUGUUUCUAGAGCUGUUACUCUUAAUAAUCUACUCACUGAGUGCAACUUCCCCUCAAUCGCCAUUCAUGCAGGACUUGACCAGAGUGAGAGGAUAAAUAGGUACACUCAGUUUAAGAAUUUCGACAAGAGGAUAAUGGUUGCAACUGACCUGUUUGGCAGAGGAAUAGACGUGGAACGCGUAAACAUAGUGAUCAACUAUGAUAUGCCCGACAGCACCGACUCUUACUUGCACAGAGUUGGUCGCGCUGGUCGUUUCGGUACAAAGGGACUUGCAAUCACAUUCGUGUCAUCUCCUGAAGACUCUUCGCAGUUGGAAGACGUGCAGAAGCGCUUCGAAGUCAACAUAUCUGAGAUUCCAGCCACCAUCGACACUUCACUCUACCUGAAUCAGUGA